AUGGAGACGGACGCGGUACUGAAGUGCGAGUACGAGGGGUGCACGGCGACGGUGAUGCUGACGUGGCGGUGCCCGGCGAACGGGAAGCUGUUCGCGCAGACGGCGAACGUCGGCGAUUCGUCCUGCGCGCUCGGGAAGAUCGGCGCCGCGGCGAACGCCCGGUGGGUCACGACGGAGCACAAGGUGAGCUCCGAGGCGGAGCGCGCGCGGCUGGAGAAGGACCACGGCGUGAAGCUCCCCGCGAACGCGCGGCGGCUGCACGGCCUCGCGCUCGCGCGCGCGCUCGGCGACGCGUUUCUCAAGAGGGAAGGCGUCGGGCUGAUCGCGACGCCGUCGGUCUCCGCGCCGAUCGAGAUUGGGGGCGGCGACGGCGGCGACGUCGCGAUCUUGGCGUCGGACGGGCUGUGGGACGUGUGCGACGCCGUGGGGGCGAUGGACGUCGCGUCGAGGGCGUCCGCGGGGAGCGGCGGCGUCGCGUUGACGUCGAAGGCGGCGGACGAGCUCGUGAAGCACGCGCGGGGGAAGCGGAGCAGGGACGAUUGCGUCGUCCUCGCGGUGAGGCUCGCGUGGUAGUGUAGGCGGCGGACGAAGAGAGAGACGCGCCGACGCUAGGAGCUAGCUUCGGGGUGAAACUGAGGGACAUGGGUCGGUGGAGCGAGUGGCGUGGUGGUCGUCCAAGAGCGGACGGCCGGGCGAGGCGUCGCUUCCGUCGCGAAAUACGAUUGCUCGCGAGCCAUCC